AUGCGAGGGAUGCAAAGCUCGCCAUUUGCGAUGCUCUCGAACGUCUCCGUACCGAAAUUCCCGAAGAACCAACGAUGGGUCCAGGCAGAACAUCCUCCCACGCCAGCCAAGAUCAAUGAGUUGGAUGUGAUCCAGUGUGGUGGCCAUUCCGAUUCUUCACCGAAUGGAGACACCGGGGGCUUCCAAAUGGAGAGUUUGCUACCUGCCAGUCCGUCGUUCACGCCGGAAACUCCAGACUACAAUAUGAACGUGGCAAACAUCAAGACCCCUGAUUCCAUUCCCGUAACUUUUCAGGAACCAUCACGAUUUCCCCUGCCCGAGAAUGAAUCUGCCUUAGUGAGGCAUUUCAUGCGAACUCUUGCUCCCUGGUUCGAUUCCUGCAACCUCCAUCGACAUUUCACAAAUGAAGUGUCAGCGCGCUUAUCUAGCUCCACUGUGCUGCUUGAAGCUGUUCUAGCGAUGGCAGCUCAUCAUCUCAGCGCAAUAGGACAAUUAGACUCUCUCGCCGCCGAAAAAUACUACGAGACCGCGAAAAGGCAUCUCCUGCCGUCACUUGGUACUAUGCAGAGCUCACCCAAUGCAGAAACACUUGCUGCAACGAUAAUUUUACGUCUGCGCACCGAGCUCGACACUCCCCUACGCCAGAUCACCAACAAAUCAACUCUCUUCGCAGAAGAGCCCCUUGUCGCCGAAUAUGCCCUGGCUGACAUCUUUUUCCCAACCCCUCUAACGCCCUUCAACGUCGCACUCCUCUGGAUUGGGCUCCGCCAAGAACUCCGCGUCGCUGUCCUGGGCCAGCGCAUUGCCCGCUUCCCGACAGACUGCCUGCAUGUUGACUGGCAUAUGCCACCCACCGAUGACGGUGACUGGGCCAACCGCAUGGUACUCAAUCUUGUUGCGGUGCUGCAGUACUGCUACAACUCGCCGCGCGACGUCGAGCUGUACAAGCUGCUGACGGAGCGGUGCCAGAUAUGGCGCGAGUCAAAUCCGCACUCGUUCACGCCCAUGUUUCUCGAGCCUGCCGGUGGUACGAGUCGCUCCCGCGCUGCGAGUUCGUCAACGAUGCAAUUGUAUUGGAAUCUGUGCAAGAUUAUCUUGGCACUGCACCAUCCGACGACACUGCUGCGGCCGGGCGAUGCAGCGGUGCGACGUGAAGUCGAUCAAAUCAUCAACCAGUCCAUCCGAAAGCUGUGUGGAAUCGGGCUAUAUAAUUCGGACUGUGCGUGUGCGGUUGGGCUUGCUUGUGUCGGGAUCCGGUUAUGGGGACAUCGGUUUGAGGAUGCGGAGGACCAGAAGGCGCUGCAGAAGAUCUUGCAUAUGGCGGAGGAGAAACAUGGGUUGAAGACCUGA